AUGGCAAAGCAUGUCAUGCCAUGGCGUGACAAGCCUCACAUAGCCUUGCUUGACAAACCUGAAAUAGCCAAGCUAGCCUUUAGUAUGGGAAAGAAGGCCAUGCCAUGGUACGCCAAGCCUCACAUAGUCUCGCUCAACAAGCCACAAAUAGCCAAGCUUGCAUUGAAUAUGGAAAGCAUGCCAAGGCUCACAUAG